CUAACUUAGUAAACACUUGCUGUAUGCCUCAAUCUAAAAAUAGAAUAGUGCACACCUAUAGCUACUGUCGCCUACAUAAACGGUUAUUUCCCUGUUAGCUUAUACUUUCAUAUGAUCAAUGGUCUCAUUCAAAGAUGACAAUCCUAGAAGUAUUGGACUCAAUUUUUUAUUUAUUUCCAGGUAACAAUCUCUGUCCAUAAAUUACCAUACAGAAAUUACUGCGCAGAUAAUUUUGAAAUAUCAUCAAAGACUUUGCGUACUUUUGUAACUACAAUGAAAUGCGUGACACUAAUGCACAUCUAGGAACUUUGACUCAUAAGUCAGACUCCCGAUGAUCUUCUAAUAAUCUCUAUUCUCUGUGGUUUUCUUUUUGGACAAACUUUUCAUUUAACCGCAAGUAAAUUAAUUUAAGCGUUAUUUUCAGCUAACCUUCCAAUUUUUUUCGAUUUCAGUUGUGCUCAUGAAACAAGUGGUACUAACGACUGUCUUAGGUCUUCCGGGAAGUGGAAAAAGUACAUUGUGUGAACGUCUGCAUCAGUUAGAAACAAAUGAUUGUUCAGUUAUGUGGCUAGAAUAUGAUCAACUUGUUCCAGUACAAAUACUCUCUCUGAAAGCAAACAAUUCUGAUUGGAAGGACUGGCGUCAAGCUGUUGUUGGUUGUUUGGAGAAACUGCUAGCUUUAUGGAAGGGGUUCGACAUUAUACACGAUUUGAAUGAAAAAGAAAAAGUUAUUUGGUUGAGGAUAAACAUAUACUCUACUCUAGAUGCGAAGGACAUCAUAGUUUUAUUAGACGACAAUUUCUACUACUUUAGUAUGCGUCGUUCAUUCUACAAUUUAGCAAAAAAGUAUUCAUGUAGUUAUGCGUCAAUAGCUUGUAAAUGUGCGAUAGAUACUUGCAUUCUUAGAAAUCGCGCUAGGCCAAGUCCAGUUCCAGAUGAUACUAUCCAUAAGAUGGAGAGAAAAUUCGAAUGGCCCGAUCCAGUCAACAAUUUAUGGGAGAAGCAUACAAUCACAAUCAGUUCACUUCAAGAGAAUGUACAUAAUCCAGUCAGUUUGCUUCGUUUCUUAAAACUGUUGUUGAACCAACCGAUUAUAAGUGAAGAUUCUGUAAAAGAUGAGGAGAAAAACAGAAGCAAGCGUAUUAAUCUAGACAGUUUACUCCAUAAUGUGGAUAUUCACUUGAGAAAGGUCACAAAUCACACAAUUAAAUCUAAAGAUUGUUUGUGGAGAACUCAGUAUGCGAAAAUGGCAUCAGAUAUUAAAGCACAGUGUUUAGAAGAACUGCACAAGACCAUAUCCGGAGGAAAUAGUAUUUGGACAGUUGAAAACUGUCAAAAGUUUGCACAAGAACUGUUCUAUGAGAAACUUGAUGAGGUUCUUAAUAAGAAAGUAGCGGCUGGUUAA